CAAAGGGUGGGGGUGGGACCUGGGGGGUGGAAGGCAGGUGGUCCCUGGGCGCUGCCUGGGAUCUGUCUGGGAGAAGAGCCCACCGCCUUUGCCUCAGCAAUGCUCGCAAGAAGAUAAGUCGCACUCCCCACGAUCUUGAACGGGGCCAGAUUCCUAGGGAAGGCUCCCUUGGGGAAUGUAGGACUCAUUGCAGGGCUGGGGGUGUUGGGAUCCCGGGCAUUAAUCAGGUCCAGCCACAGAGCCGGAAUAACUGUUCUAUCGUGUUAUAUACCCCCUUUCUCUCUGCCAUCAUGAUUUUCCAUGGCAGCAGCAUUAGCAGUCGCCUGAGGGUGAAAAUGUGGGUGAAGGGGAAGUUGGUAAUGACUCCGCUGUUUCUUCUCAUGGCUCCUUUGGGCAACACCUGUCCGCCCCCGGUAUACACUGUAGUUGAUUGCAGGGAAACCCUGUACCUCUCCCCUUCCUUCUCUACCGAUUUUGCACUUUUCUCUUUGCUCACCACCAAGUGUAAUCAAUAACAAGCACUGGCAAUACAUAGCAAUAGUGAAAUCUGGAAUAACUUAAGAAUUGAUUAGGUACUGCAGCCAUGGAUCUGGCUGGGUAAAACCCAAUUGGAUAUUUCGGUUUCCUUCACCUACCCUGUUUUGGUGUUGGGGGGGGUUGGGUUUUUCUUUCCCCCCCCCUUUAUAAUUUUUUUGUUUUGGUAUUUGGAAAGCAGGGAUCAUUACACUCCCCCCCCCCCACCGUUCCUUAUCAUAAUCCCUUCUCUAAAGAGGGGGAAAAAUCCGGAUGGAUUUGAAGGAUUGGACUGGUGUCAGCUGUGUUUUAUUGCACACCUAAAUCCUGAUAAUAGGCUUUUCAUUUCCCCCCAAAGCCUUUAUUUUGGCAUUUAAGCCAAAUGCGUUUUCCAAAAAGUUAGUUCCAAGUAUUUUCUCCUCUCUGUCUUUCCUUCCUCCCCUUCCUCUUUCCCCAUAACCCCAAACGUUAUUGUCCAAACAUGACUGGACAGCAGCUUUUGUUUCUUGACCCUGUAAUAUGACAGUCUGCUAAUAUUGCCAGAAGGUGCAGUUUUUGGGUUACAGUCGUGAUUUUAGCUAUUCAAUCAUAUUAGCAGGAAAAAAAAAUGACUUGUUUCUGUUGUACUUGAGUCUUAAGAAAAAGUGCCCAUAGUUUAGUGACAAUUUCCAAAGGCUUUAGUACCACCUGUAUUUCAAAAUGGGGGACCCAAACUCCCGGAAGAAACAAGCUCUGAACAGACUACGUGCUCAGCUUAGAAAGAAAAAAGAAUCUCUAGCUGACCAGUUUGACUUCAAGAUGUAUAUUGCCUUUGUAUUCAAGGAGAAGAAGAAAAAAUCAGCACUUUUUGAAGUGUCUGAGGUUAUACCAGUUAUGACAAAUAAUUACGAAGAAAAUAUCCUGAAAGGUGUGCGAGAUUCUAGCUAUUCCUUGGAAAGUUCCAUAGAGCUUUUACAGAAGGAUGUGGUACAGCUCCAUGCUCCUCGAUACCAGUCUAUGAGAAGGGAUGUAAUUGGCUGUACUCAGGAGAUGGAUUUCAUUCUUUGGCCUCGGAAUGAUAUUGAAAAAAUUGUCUGUCUCCUGUUUUCUAGGUGGAAGGAAUCUGAUGAGCCUUUUAGGCCUGUUCAGGCCAAAUUUGAGUUUCAUCACGGUGACUAUGAAAAACAGUUUCUGCAUGUACUGAGCCGCAAGGACAAGACUGGAAUUGUUGUCAACAAUCCUAACCAGUCAGUGUUUCUCUUCAUUGACAGACAGCACUUGCAGACUCCGAAAAACAAAGCUACAAUCUUCAAGUUAUGCAGCAUCUGCCUCUACCUGCCGCAGGAACAGCUUACGCACUGGGCGGUUGGCACCAUAGAGGACCACCUCCGUCCUUACAUGCCGGAGUAGGGGCCUGACCAGCAGAGCGGGAAGGAUCAGGGAGCGCAGCAGCAUUUUGUUUCCUUGUUUUCUUACACUUUAUUCUUUCAGAGUUUAAAGAAAAUGGACUCAUGCACAGAACACUAUGCAUUUUGAAACGUGUUCAUCCUGGAUUUUUUUUUUUUUUUUAAUUAUUUGUGUCUCAGAACUUAAAAAAAAUUAGGUGUCUUCUGCACGGACUGUGUGAAAGAAGAUGCUUUGCAUAUUUGCUGCACUGCAUCAGCAUUCUGCUAAAAAUGUGAAGUGAAAGGACAGUUGUACACUGAAAUGCUUAAAUGUAUCUGAAAGCACAAGGUGAUACUCUUUUUUGAUGGUCUUUCCAUUUAUGCUGGUUUUUGCCUCUCUGACAUCUGUCAUCAGUAUUUAGAGGGUGAGAAGGGAAUGUAAAAGGUAUACAUAACAUUGAAACAAACGGAAUAGCUUUGCCGUAAUCACCGUCGUUCCAGAGCCAUGUCAGAUUCAUUCUAAUGACCACAAGUGGUUGUUUAAAAAAAAAAAAAUACAACCACGGGGAAGAAAUCUUUUAAGAAAAAAAAAAGCAUCUCAUUGUAGGCAUUCUUGCCUCAUGUUUUACUGGGCCAUGUUUGUUUCCUGGUACUCAUAAAUAAAUGUAUGUAUUUUAUUUCCAGAUCUCUUUCCCCAAGUUGUUGUUAUAAAAGAGUAUUCUGCUGAAUGUGGAUACAGUUCUACACAUUAAAGCAGAUCUGGAGUCUGAAGUAGCUAACGCAGCUGUAAAACUGAGAAAUCCAUGCAUAGCUGCAGAAAUCAUGAUAGGGAGAGGACUUUCCUUUUUUGUUUUUUGUUUUUUGGUUUUAAAGAGAAGAGGUUUUUAUUACAAAGAAAAUGCAGUGAAUUGUGCAGAAAUACUGGUUUCUACACCAUCCUAAAAGAAAACUUUAGGAGGGUUUCUUGGAAUAGAAAAAAGUUACUAAAGUUGGCAUCUUAAAUUGUUAAAAAAAAACAAAACAAAACACUGAGUGUCAAAGCUCUAAAAGCAGAACUCAUUUUGUGCAAUGAACAUAAGGAAAGACUACUGUAUAGUUUUUUGUUUUUUCUUUUUAAUGAAGAAAAGCUUUGCUUAAGGGUUGCAUACUUUUAUGGAGUAAAUCUGAAUGAUCCUACUCCUUUGGAGUAAAACUUAGUGCUUACUGGUUUCCAAAUGUAUUUAGCUUCUGGUUGGAAUUUGAAAAAAAUGAAGACCUAAAUAAAAUAGGUGAAAGUUCCCUGACUAUUCAGGUGAAUACACAAAA